UUGGUUUUGAGUUUUAGAAUAUCGUAUAGGUUUCCGGAGAAGGAGGAUGCCAAUAAACGAUACCAAAACAAAGUGAUAAUUCUUGAAAAUUUACGAAUCAUUGGAAAGAUAGAACGCCAGGAUGGCUCUAUAAUAAAAAGAAGUACGUACACGGCCAUAUUUUGUCUGCUUACAUUAAGUCAACAUGCCAAUACUGUAUGCUGUGGUAGCGCGUGGUACCGCUGUCCUGGCUAAGUAUGCCAGCUGUGCCGGAAACUUUACAGAAGUCACUGAGCAGAUACUGAGUAAGAUUGGUCCAGAGGAUUCCAAGCUGACUUACUCUCACGGAAGCUACCUGUUCCAUUAUAUCAAUGAAGAAAGGAUCAUAUACCUGUGCAUUACUGAUGAUGACUUUGAGAGAUCCAAAGCAUUUCUGUUUUUAAAUGAGAUCAAGAGAAGAUUUCAGACUCAGUACGGGGUUCGAGCUCAGACUGCACUACCGUACUCCAUGAAUAGUGAAUUCUCCCGUGUCAUAGCAUCGCAAAUGAGAUACGUCACUGAUAAACGAGAACCAGAUCAGAUGGGAAAAGUUCAGAAUCAGGUGGACGAGCUCAAGGGAAUCAUGGUUAGAAAUAUCGAUAAUAUUGCUGACCGGGGCGAGAAGCUGGAGCUGCUAGUGGACAAGACGGAGGAGCUGAAUGCUAACGCUGUUUCCUUUAAGAAGACGAGUCGAGGUUUAGCAAGAUCAUUAUGGAUGAAAAAUAUCAAGAUUACAGUUAUCUUAAUUAUUGUUGUCAUUGUCAUCCUAUACUUUAUCAUUUCUGCAGCCUGUGGGGGUUUGGACUGGCCCUGUACCAAGUAAUUAACAGAGGAAAUCCUGAUCAUACCACAUUACAACAUGUCUUUCAUUUCGUCAAAGUUUAUGGCAAAAAGUGCUCUGUUGGACCACAUUGUUUGUAACUCUGAAAUCUACAAGAAUUUAGUUACUUACGAUGUUUCAUUUCUCUGGUGGCUGAAAUCUACAAGACUUUGGUUACUUAUGAUGUUUAAUUUCUCUGGUGGCUGUUUUCCAUUUAUAAUUAUUUAUUGUCUCCUUUGUAUUUCAUGUCAAUUAUGGAAAAGGCCUGAGUAUUGUUCAUAGUGUUUUGUUAUUAUUGUGAAUAAUUGCACAUGAGCUGUGACAAAUUUUCAAAAUUACAAACUACGAAUCAGCGAAUUCUCUGGAUUAAAUGUGAUGCCAAAUAUUUUGGAGAUCAUGGAAGUUCUGUUAGAUUACAAAUUCUGUAAUUAUUGCAAUUAUAUUUCAUUGUUAUAAUUUUAUGAAUAAUCUGGUUUAUUUUGUCCUAUAAAUGAAUAUGUUUUGAAUAAUAAACAUCCUCUUAAACAUG